UUCAGGAGGAGUUGGAGCGGCCUGGUCCUCAUCAAGUUGCCACUCCUGCUCAGGUCUGUCGCCGUGGAAAUGAUCCUGCUUCUCCUCCUUUUUGGGGGCAUCUGGACCCAAGGGAUGAACUCAGAGCUUGGGAACACCACUCUGAAGAUGUCUGCCUCCAGAGAAUCCUCUCUUUCUUUGGUCCCAACUGUCUCUGGGGCCUCAGGCCUCAGAGUGGUGACCCCCAAUCCUGCAACAGCAGGGGUCCCUGAGGAGAGUGGUGGCACCGGGCACCAGAUCUCCUCACCUUCUUUAGCUUCCUAUUCGGCCAAUGAAGUGGUCCUUCCCGAGGCUUCCACUGCUGCCAGCGGUGACCUCCAUGGACCUGAGCCAUCGGUCUCUGGGGAAGUUGCCACCAACAAGUCCUCAAACCUGGAAAUGAAUGCCAAAUCACCAAAAGACACUCUAGAACUGCGCAUGGAGACUAAUGGAACCAUGGUAACCGGCUCUCUGGAGGAGUCUGUUGUAACCAGCUCACCUCCCACCGCCAUGGCCACUGGCUCUCUGGAAACCUCCGAUGUAACCAGGGGACCCUCCGCCGCCAUGACGACUGGCUCUCUGGAAAACUCUGAUGUAGCCGGUGUAACCCCUCUCACCAUAUCAACUGGCUUUCUGGCGACCCCCAAGGGGCCCAGUGUGUCCCCCAUCUCCAGGGUAGAAAUAUCCCCUAUUUCUACCCCAGAGGCCUUCACAAACACAAGCAGUGGGGAUCCCCCACUAGGUUCAGGGACGAAUAACACCAUGCUGUUGGCUGUGUUUGUGGCCCUGGGGGUGGUCGUGUUCCUUGUGAUCCUACUCAUGCUGUGGCGCAGGCGGCAGAAGAGGAAGACAGGGGCCCUGGUACUAAGCAGGGGAGGAAAGCGCAAUGGGGUGGUAGAUGCCUGGGCCGGGCCUGCCCAGGUGUCUGAUGAGGAGGCCCUGACAGCAGGGGCAGGAGGGGCUGGGGGCGGGAAGGGCACUGGGGUCUCUGUGGGGGAAGGGUCUGGCCGGCAGCCGGCACUCACCACUUUCUUCGAUAGACGCAAGUCACAACGGGGCUCCUUGGAGCUGGAGGACCUGAGGCAGGCCCCCAUCCUGAAGGAGGAGGAGGAGCCGCUGGUGGGCAGCAAGGAUGAAGCUGUGGAGGCCCCCGCCCCUGCCUCCGAGGGGCCAGAGGCCGGAGAUGUGGAGGCCCCUCAGUGCUCGUGAAGAAUAAGAGCGCAGGUCAGAAUCGUUCUCAGUCUUCAUCACCUUCUCUGUAUCAUCAGCUCAAGUUUCCUUGUCACGCCACAUCCUCUGGGUCCUCACCCGGUAUGUUAUUACUGAACCCUCAUCUGGCUUCUCAACCCCAGGUCUCGCAGCCAGCACCCACACUACCGGGCGCUGUCACAUUGAACCAACAAACUCUCUUCAUCAAUCCUGACUUCUCCCCACCACCCUCUCCUGGAAAUCAGCUGCUGAGUCUCUGUAAUGCCAAACUUCCUUGACCUAUGCUUUCUCAGAGGACUUCCCAGGGACACCGGAGUCUAGGAAGGAAGAUGGACAUGACAUCCCAGCAGACUCCCGCUGAGGAUUACUCUAGAAAGUACUUUUGGACCCGUAGAUUAGGACAGUCCUACUGACUCAGCCCAUGAACCUCCUGUAACGGCGCAGCACUCUGUGCCGGGCCACUGGUGCAGGGACUGGGUGGCAUCACCUAGCUGUGCUCUCGGAUGCUAGGCUGGCCCCUGGCCCACACUUGCCCCACCUGUGGACUGAGGCUGCGGCUUCUUCUCCUCCCCAGGGCAGGUAGGGUCCUCAGAAACCUGGCCCUUUCCUGGGUCUUGUCAUGGGUGCAGUUUUGGUGCAAGAGGCGAGUCCUUGGCCGUGUUUGUGUAAGUGGCGGUGAGUAGGGCCGGUGGGAGGAGGGGACAGGAGCUGCCAACAUGAGGAGCCCCUGAGAACAUCUGUGUCCUCAUCUGUGUUCAGGUGAGGUGGAGGCGGCAGAAGAUUUAGCUGUGUCUGGAGCGCAAUAAAGAGUGUGGGGCUUGAUAGGCUGCA